AUGUCUGCCGCCGUCCCACUUCACCCACAUCCCGUCGCAAGAAUCAAAUCCACCAAAGCACACGUCCCCAGCGCUUGCAUCAACUGCAAAAAGGCCCACUUGGCCUGUGAUCGGAAGGACGAUACCUGCCGCGAUGUCGAGCACAAGAAGAGAGGCCGCCCAAAGUUGGUCGAUAGAACCGUCGCUCUCGAUGCCGUCGUCUGGGGUCCAUCUGGCAAAGAAGGUGGUGCUCCUCUGGCCCCAAAGCCCCACACUGCCUCUUCAGCCCUCGCCAAGACUCGCGUCAAGGGCAAAUACACAAAGUCAGCCAACUACAAGAUGCCUAAAAAGGCCACACUCAGCGCCAAGAUGUCCAAUGGUUCAACCGAUGCUUUCCCCAUUCACCACACCAACCCUGUUCCCGGUGAUGCCAUGGCGCGCCCUUCAUCCUAUCCAAAUCAAGACCACGAACGGUCAUCCUCAUCAUUGUCGUACCGUUCCCAUCAGCCCUCGGCUCAGGGUUACCAGAGUCGCCCACUCUCGCUUCAUUCAGAGCCACCGCUGCCGUCGGACCACCAAGACUCAUUCAGUUACCCUCCCUCAUACCCACCCUCCAGCCAUCAAGUCAAGCGGCCACAAGAGAUGUACACCAGCCCGAGCACUUCACCUUUGGCAACUGUUUUCUUGACCAUGGACUUGAUCUGCGCCCGAGUGUCAGACGAGUCACAGGCCCUUUGGGGCUACCACCCCCACGAUAUCAGCCACAAGACUCUCUACUCGAUCAUUGCCAGCGAGGACCAGAGCAAGGUGAGGGGCCUGCUUGCAACCAUCCGCGACGCAGUCUUCUCUGCCGUCGCACCGAACUCCCCCCAGCGCCUCUCCGACUACUCCUUCCUGGAGUCAUCCUCCCCCGUCUUUUACCAGAACCGUCCAGGGAUCAUGUCCUCGAGUGCACCGGGCUCGAACGAAUACUCGGACGUGGUCCGUGUUUGCCACGCUGACGGCGGAUCGAGCAUGUUCAGCAUCCGCAUGUAUGUCGGAGGUGGAUUGGGAACAGAUCUUAUUCGGGGACUCAACCUCGAACAUGCCUAUGUCGUCUGCAUCAUGGCCCAGCAUACCCCUCCCCCUACUCCCUCCACCUUCAAUGAUCAUCCGCGGUCGAGCGAACGCCACUCACUCGAGGACACCCGAGCAACCCUGUACAGCCAUACCCAACCCUCCCGUUCAGCCGAUUCGCCCUACGCCAGACAGCAGCCAUUGCAGCAGCGUUUUCCUCCAAUGGAGCCCCUGGGUAGCUCUCAUACUAUGGACAAGAUUUCGUUGCCUCCAAUCAUGACAAGGCCUUCGUCCACGACUCAGUCGCCAUCUCUUUCUUCGCCAUCUGCACCAUCGCCUCUGAGCUCGAAUAGCUCCAAUAGCCGUCCUCCCUUGUCUUUGGGCUCUUCUGCUCCCAGUACCCCCUUCUCGAGUUCCUCUCUUUCCUCCUACACUGUGCCUCUGGGCAAGCCAUCACACUCCUCCACCCUCCCAUCCUUCCGCACCGGUCCUCUUCACACCGCCCGCUGGUUGUUUGACCCUGAACCCUUUGGAGGUUCGAGUCACACGGGUCCAAGUGCGUCGAGCCAUCGGUUGCCCACAGUCUUUGCAGAGUCGUUCCGCUCGAUCUCAGCUCCCAUGGGUGGUUUCGGUGUGUCAAAGUACCUCAACCGGUCAGAGCCCACACCUUCGUUCGGCAAUAUCAGACGUCACCAACUGCCGUUGCCAUCGGCUCUACAGUCAGCCCAGUCCGCCAAUUCUGAUGCCAGCCAACGCACGCCCAGGUCGCUCCAGAGAGACCUGUCAACAUCGUCCUUUGGUGCCUCGUUUGCUUCGCGAUCUCCCCCAUCAAUGAAGCGACCUUUGGCUGACAUGGCGGAUAGUCAGGAUCGUAAUCGCGACAUUGACAACCGUCACCAAGAUCACCAUCAGCACCAAGGAUCUCGCUCCAGCAUAGGUUCGAGCGCGUCAUCGAUGUCUUUGGUCAGCUCAACACGCCCCAGCUACACAUCGAGUAUCAAGAUGGAUUUGCAGAGCAUGCCACCAGAUCAUCCUCCAGUCGACGCGUCGUCGGCAGGAGUGUGCCCUAUUGUGCAUGGAUCGCAGCAGCGGGAGCGUGUUCAGUUGGCGCAAAAGAUAGUCGGCCAGCCUGCUCGCGAGAUCGAUAUGAGGGAGGAGAGUCAACGAACUGUUGAGACUGAGAAGGCAUUCGUCUGCCGUUGGGCCAAGAUAGGAGAGCAACAAUGGUCAGAGUGCAAGGACAAUGGACCAUCAGGACAUGACUGCCGGUCACCCUUGCCUACCCUUGGGUCAUCCUAUGAUCGCGACCACGAGCGCGAUAUGGAGAAUACUGUCGGACGGGAUCGUGACAGUGAGGGGUCGAUGUCUAAGGGCUACUUUGAGCAGGAUCGGGGCUGCCCUGUGCGCCAUCAUUCUCAGAGCCCCGGAGGACAGACCUUUACGACCGAGCACCCCAUGGGUCACUUUAAUCCUCAGGGUGAUGAACGUGGUUUGGGCAUGAUGCAGUUCAACACCAGCCCAAGGUCUCCUGGCGAGACUUACCCCCACCACAAGACACACAGUUCGUUGAGGCGGACAAGCAGUGUGGGUCGGUCAUCGUUUAUUGGGCGACCUAGCAAGGGGCCUGUGAUCUGCUUGACUGGAGCUUGCGGAAGUGUUUGCCGCUGCUCUGGCGAGGAUGAGGAAACGCGUGCCGUCAAAGCCAUGGAUGCUGCUCGGAAACGCAUGAGCGUCCACUCCUUGCUCUGCUAA